CAGGAUGGAGGGGAAGGAAAAGAGGAUUUGAUGAAAGUGAGAGGCUGACGGGACAAAAGGUGAAAUAAAGAGACGAGAGGAAAAUGAAGAACGGUCAUAAAUCCAAAAGUUUGUUCAGGAACAUCGUCGCCUCUCUGCUGGUUCCAGUCUGUCCUCCAGAUGUUCGGAUCAGCUGCAGAGAUUUCUCCUCUUCAGAGUCACAUCCAAACUUUAGACGCUGUGAAAACAUCGGAUCUCGAUCUACGAGCCAAACGAUGGCGUUCGCCAAACUGGAAAUGCUGACUCAACCUCGACAAAGCCACAGCCUCAGUGUCCCGCAGAAGCGCGUCGACAAAAGUGCGUGAAUUUAAUCAAGGAAGUCGAGGUUUCCUCCACGGCAGACUUUUCAUCAAAGGGGCCGAUGUCAACGACGUCGGAAGGUUUGUUACGUUUUCACGACUUCUCGGAAAAUUUGACUUCCCUCUGAGUGAGUUCAUUUUCAUGGUUUCACGUAACCUCUCACUGUCGUACAUCAUGAAGAAUCUUCAACUCUCGUGAAUCAGCGAGCGGGGCAUCGAACGUGUCGUGAAUUGAUGUAUUUUGCCGAACUACUUGCUGAAUUUGCACUGCAUGUUCGUGUAAUUUGUAGCUGAAAAUUCACCGAAUGUAAAUACGUCAGUUAUUCAUAAUUUAAACGUUUUAACAUUUUUGGUGGCAGAUUUCUACGACGAAGUAUCAGGCCACAUUAAGAAAAAAAAAUCUGAUUUCGAGAUUAAAGUCGUUCAUUUACGAGAAUAAAGUUUUAAUGUUUUUUGAUUUUAUUACGACUUUCUUCUUUCUUCUUGUUUGUAACGACUUUAUUCUCAUAAAUUAACGACUUUAAUCUUAAAGUCUUAAUGUGGCCCUAAUUCUCCCUUGUAGGUUCUGGACGUUUUUGUUUCUGCUGUAAAACUCGACGUUUGAACGAGUAACUGACUCAACUCUGUUUGGAGAAGAAGUUUCUCUGUAAAACUCUCUGAGCUGAAACAUCGGCCUCACGGUCUCACCUUAAAGCUUCCAUCAUAUUAACGUCUUUAACUCUGACGUUCCUCCGUCAGGUCGAUCUCUUCCUGCAGAGAGAUGAUCAGGGUUGGGGAUCGACUGGACUGAUCCCAGUCCAGUCUUCCCUCUGUUUUGGACCUUUGCUUCUCGCUGGAUCACCGAUGGGUAUGAAAAUGAGAAAACUUCAGAGGUCUGGUGGAGGCCAAAAGAAGAAAAGCGUUCAGCUUUCGCACACAGAGCUGAAGAUUUCAGAGUUUAUGAGGAAGGAAACUGACGGCGAGAAAUCGCUCUCUGACUGUUAAAACGACUGGCGGAGGAAGCGAACCACAGAUGUGGGAUUGAAAGGUGCAAUUGCCUCUAAUCGCCUCAAUUAAUUUGUUGAUGUUUUGACUCAUAGAAAAACAUGUCAGCAGUUUUAAAAGGAGAAAAAGUGGAGAAACCUCAUUAGUCAACUUCUGCUUUGGCGAGGAACGAAGAGAAAAGUACGAAAAACUGAUGAAAACGUACGGAAAAAAAAGUGUUUGGUGUCAGGAAAUGAAAGAUUCGAGAAUGAGGGCAGACGGAAAAAGAGAGGAGAGAUCAGGUUGUGAGGAGAGCGAGUGAUGGAGGAAGAGGAGGAAGAGGAGGAGGAGGCAGACAGGAUGGAGGAAGAACAAACCAGAGCGGAUGAAGCGAGACGAGAAACAAAAGGAAUACUAAUAGACGAGAGACGUGACUGAACACAAACUCUCCGACUCUGCAGUUUCUCUGGAUGUUUGAGUUCUUUACAUGUCGUCCUAUAUCCAGGUCGCACGUCGGUGCGUUUAUAUACAGAGAGCUUGACAGGUGUGAUCAUCAUCGCCGCCGCCGCCGCCAUCAUCUCUCCUCCGUUUCAGAAAUUAGACGGAGAAAGUGAUCCAGAGGAGGAGGAGGAGGAGACGACAGCUUCUACACCUGAUGAAUCUGGAUGA